CCAGUGAUCGCACGGAAAUUACGCAGGAUUUUGCGUAGAGCUGCAGCAGCGUUGAGUGUGAACGGAGCCUCAUAAAAUGGCGGAUCGCGGUGAAGGUGUAGAUGCAGAGAGUGAAGAUGAAUUAUAUGAGGUGGUUAACAUCACAGAUUACGCCAGGAGGCAUCAAUGGUGGAGUCGUGUUUUUGGGAACAGUACAGGACCCAUUGCAGAAAAGUACUCUGUGGCUUCACAGAUCAUGAUGGGUGGAGUGACAGGAUGGUGUGCUGGUUAUCUUUUUCAGAGAGUUGGAAAAAUUGUGGCUACUGCUGUUGGAGGGGGAUUUCUUUUGCUACAAAUUGCCAACCACAGUGGCUAUGUGCAGGUUGACUGGAGGAAAGUGGAAAAGGAUGUCAAUAAAGCAAAAAAGCAUUUGAAGAAAAAGGCAAACAAAGCAGCCCCUGAGCUCAAUUCCUUUAUAGAAGAAUCGACAGAAUUUGUGAAGAGGAAUAUUGUUAUCUCGGGUGGAUUUGUUGGAGGUUUUCUGCUGGGCCUGGCAUCCUAAAUGAAACCUGGAUCUACUGUAUUGCCACUGAUAUAAGUAGUUUGCACAUUAAUAUUCUCCCUUAUGUCGGGAUCACAGCAAUACAACACUGAAACUUGAUGUAUUGUCUGAAGCAGUGCAAUGGACAUUUGCUGAACUGUUGUUCUAAAUAUAUUCCUCUACAAUGCCUGUUCUUAACUGUACAUAGCUUAAUCAUCCUGGUGAAGAGAGAGAUAUUGUGCCAAUAAAUUUAUAGAAAAUUGUUGUUUUGGUUUAAUGUUAUUUUUUAAAUGUUUUAUUUUAUUUUGCAUACU